UCCAAUUUGCUCUUCUUCAUCUUCCUCAAAUUUCACAUAAUUAUCAUCAUCAUCAUCAUCAUCAUCAUAAUCCUUCUCCAAACGUUUCAUCAGCUUGUCCAUUUGUAAUUUCCCGUAACAAAACAUACACAUAAUCAUCAUCAAUUCAUCAUCAACAAGAAUAGCAAGAAAAAAGGUUUAAUAAAUUAAAUCCAUCAAAUGGUAGAUAGGUCGCCGAUCUCCGGCGGGCAGGUCCCCCGUCCCCCGGCUCAUCGGAAUCCGCCGCCGACAAGUAUGUCCCCGAUACCGGGACGGCCGCCACCGCACCUCCCUCCGUCGUUCCGGCCGACCAAGAGAGGCGCCAGCUGUUGCAAAAUCUGCUGUUGCUGCUUCCUCGUCACCUUCCUUCUCAUCCUCCUCCUCCUCACCGUUGCCGGCGGCCUCAUCUACCUCUACCACCCCAAACCGCCGUCCUUCCGCAUCCAAUCCUGCAAGAUCUCCGCCGUCCACGUCGCCGCUAAGCCCGAAGGCACCUACUUCUCCGCCGCAGUCUCCGCUGCCAUCCAGCUCACCAACCCGAACGAGAAGAUGAUGUAUCGGUACGGGGAGACCUACGUCGGGAUCACGGUCGGCGACGAAAAGGACACCGACAUGGGGUCCACCACGCUCCCCGGGUUCGAGCAAGCGGGCCUGACGACGACGACGCUCAAGGUGGAGACGAGCGUGAAGGACGAGCUGCUGGACAAGCGCGAGGAGGAGAGGCUGCCGAAGCAGUACGAGGACAAGAGCCUCAAGGUGAAUUUGGAGGUGACCACCACCGUUGGCAUUGAGACGAUGGGUUUGAAGAUCGGGAUGCUAAACGUGGCUGCGUCGUGCCAGGGCAUGACGCUCAAGGACAUCCAGAGCGGGAACGCCAGCCCCGACUGCACCAUCAGGACGCUUCACAACUUGGAUCACUGUACAUACUAGAGUUUAAAUUGGGCGUCUGGAUUGAAGUUCACAACCUUCGUCAAGAUUUGGUCACGUGACUGGAUUUGGCUCUUCGAGUCUACUGUUCUUGAUCCCACUAGAUGAUAGAAUCACUUUCGCACUUGUUGUACUUUACAUAGAUUUGUUUGAGUUUGAGCUUAAUAUCAUUAAUUCAUUAUCCAUAUGGCAAGUAAUUAAGACAACUCUGAGAUAAAUAUGUAUAUAUAUAUGUCGUGAGUAGGUUAGUUAAUCCCAUUAUUGAUUUAUUU